GCCUCUGCUGCAUCGUUGAAUGGCAUGAGGAUGAGGAGGAGAGAAACAGCGACGGCGAGACGGGAGCCUGUUUUCUCAUCUGAUUUUUAAAGCCAUACAUUCUGGAGAGAGGAUCUGAUUUGUGUUCGUGCUCGACCGAAGACAGAGGAAUAGCGGAUGACGGAUGAAAGAAAAUUCCAUCUCCCUCCCACCUCAUUCCCGAGAAGUUUAGUCCUUGAGAUGAGAUGAAAUGAGUCAAGUGGCCCACAGCAAUCAGCGCUCAAUCACUGCAUGGUGCUUUGAAGUGGUCCACGUCUUCACAGGUCUGGCCGUGACCGCAAGUCUUCCUCGUCUCUCCUCCUUCUUGUAGAAGUCAUGGAUUAAAGAAGAGGGGUGUGUGUGUGUGUGUGUGUGUGUGUGUGUGUGUGUGUGUGUGUGUGUGUGUGUGUGUGUGUGCGUGUGAGAGUGUGUUUGUGAGCCCUUGGACAUUACCAUGGUGGUGAGAUGGCUGCUGAAGAACUCCCAGUAAGAAUACAGAAAAUGAGAGCGUGACGCUCUGGCUACCACAAAGGCCACUGCUGCAGGCUGGGCAGCGCAGCCACAUGAUCACAUGACUCUGGACAUGGAUGCGGUCCUGUCAGACUUUGUUCGGUCCACGGGGGCAGAACCGGGUCUGGCACGAGACCUGCUGGAAGGGAAAAACUGGGACCUUAGCGCUGCUCUGAGUGACUAUGAACAGUUGCGGCAGGUCCAUACUGCCAACCUGCCCCAGGUGUUUAACGAGGGCCGUUACUACAAACAGCCAGAGCGCAGCAGCACCCCCCAGCACAUCAACAAGCUGGAGCCAUGCCUGCAGAGACAAGAGGAGAACACUCAGGAGAAACGUCUCUCUCGAGGUAUCUCCCAUGCCAGCUCUGCCAUCAUGUCGCUGGCACGGAUGCACGUGACAGGCGAGUGUGCCAGGGAGCAGUUCCCUUUGGAGAUGCCUAUCUACACCUUCCAGCUGCCUGACCUGAGCGUGUACAGUGAGGACUUCCGCAGCUUUAUCGAGCGAGACCUCAUCGAGCAGUCCACCAUGGUGGCCCUGGAGCAGGCUGGGCGUCUAAACUGGUGGUCCACCAUGUGUACCAGCUGUAAAAAGCUCCUGCCAUUAGCUACAACUGGUGACGGCAACUGCCUGCUGCAUGCUGCUUCCUUAGGAAUGUGGGGCUUCCAUGACAGAGACCUAGUGCUGAGGAAGAGUCUGUAUGCCAUGAUGAAGAGUGGAGCUGAGAGAGAGGCCUUGAAGAGAAGGUGGAGAUGGCAGCAGACGCAGCAAAACAAAGAGUCUGGGUUGGUGUACACAGAGGAAGAGUGGGAGAGAGAGUGGAACGAGUUACUGAAGUUGGCCUCCAGCGAGCCUCGCACACACUUAAGCAAGAACGGCAACGCCAGUGGAGGUGUGGAUAACUCAGAAGAUCCGGUGUAUGAGAGUCUGGAGGAGUUCCAUGUGUUUGUGUUGGCACAUGUGCUAAGGCGGCCCAUCGUGGUUGUUGCAGACACCAUGCUCCGAGACUCCGGUGGAGAAGCAUUUGCACCUAUACCAUUUGGUGGACUCUACCUGCCCCUUGAGGUUCCCCCUAAUCGCUGUCACUGCUCCCCACUGGUGCUGGCCUAUGACCAAGCCCACUUCUCCGCUCUGGUUUCCAUGGAGCAGAGAGACCAGCAGAGAGAGCAAGCUGUCAUUCCUCUAACAGACUCUGAGCACAAGCUACUAGCGCUGCACUUUGCGGUGGAUCCGGGUAGAGAUUGGGAAUGGGGGAGGGACGACAAUGACAACGCCAAGCUGGCCAAUCUUAUCCUCUCAUUGGAAGCUAAGCUAAACCUUCUGCACAGUUAUAUGAAUGUAACAUGGAUUCGGAUACCAUCAGAAACAAGGGCUCCUCUUGCUCAGCCCGAAUCACCCACCGCUUCAGCAGGGGAAGAUGUGCAGUCUCUAGCCGAAUCCAUGGACUCAGACCGAGAAUCUGUCUGCAGUAACUCCAACGUCAACAAUGGCAAAUCAAGCAAAGAGAAAGACAAGGACAAACAGCACAAAGACAAAGACAAAGCUCGUGCUGACUCUGUGGCUAACAAGCUAGGUAGUUUCAGUAAGACUCUCGGCAUAAAGCUUAAAAAGAACAUGGGGGGCCUGGGUGGACUGGUGCAUGGCAAAAUCAGCAAGUCUGGCUCAACAAAUGGGCGCACUAUGGAGAAUGGUGAGCAGAAGCCCAAGAAGAAGGACUCUAAAAUACGUAAAGGAAGCAAGGAGGAGUCGGGCCAGUCUGCCAGCACGUCCUCAUCAGAGAAAGCAACGAGUCCCUCUCCUACGGACAGAGCUCCAGGCAACUCACCAGGGGAAAGGCAGCCAGGUUCGGGAAAAAACCCAGGUGACCGGACGCUGGACAACUGGAAGUACAGCACAGAUGUAAAGCUGAGCCUGAACAUCUUGCGGGCAGCCAUGCAGGGCGAGCGCAAGUUCAUCUUUGCUGGCCUUCUCUUGACCAGCCAUCGCCACCAGUUUCAUGAGGAGAUGAUUAGCUACUACCUGAGCAGCGCACAAGAGCGCUUUAGUGCUGAGCAGGAGCAGAAGAGGAAGGCUGAGGCAGAAAAGAAGCCCCAAACCAACGGGGUGGCCUUGAAGAAGCCUGAGCAAGAGAGUGUCUUCCAGAGAGAAUGCUCAGACAGUUCUCCGCCUGAGAGUUGCUCACCAGUCUUGCAUCCCAGUCAUAUCCCUCAACUGAAGACCCAGGGCAGAAACAGUCCAACCCUUGCCUCUCCUAUCCCCAUCCCAAACCCUGCCCCAGCUUCAGUCCCAACAGCAUCCUCCAUGUCGCCAGUCCCCUUCUCCUCCCCCAGUGAUGGUGCUAAAAGAUCCGGGCCUGUCCCGGUGUCGGCCCACUAUAGCCAUACCCCACCCAUCCAGAGGCACAGUGUCAUCCAUCUGCGAGAUGUGAACACACAGUCGUCCAGCUACCAGGAUGAGCCCUACAAGCCUACGAUAGGGAUGCUAAAGACCUGUGCCACGUAUCCCCAGCAGAACCGCUCGUUGUCCUCCCAAAGCUACAGCCCGGCCCGCAUGUCUGGGGUCCGUACCGUCAACGCUGGAGAUUCCCUGUCAUACAACAUGCCUGGCGAACACAAGUCACACACCUAUACCAAUGGCUUUGACGCCGGUGACAUCCAGGACUGCCUGGAGUUUGCUGACGAAGAACCGGCACCGCAUGCCUGGCUGGGGCACGACAAGGCAAAGGGCCGAAGCGGGACCUGUCCCAUGUACUGCUUCCAGCAGAAACGCUGCAAACGGGAGAACUGCUCUUUCUAUGGGCGACCUGAGACUGAGAACUACUGCUCCUACUGCUACAGAGAGGAGCUGAAACGCAGGGAACGCGAGGGCAAAGUGCAUCGACCUGGAUAGCCCCUGCCUGCAAACAUUCAUAUACGCAUACACAUUCACCAUCAGUGUGUUCAAAGCAGGCCCCUGUGAAGAACAACAGCAACACCAUCACCCUCUGCACUCUGCGAGUAAUACGAAAAUACUGGCAUAACAGUUUCCUACUCUAUUUAAAGAAUGGUCUCCUUGCAUUCUUGUUACCUUUCUCUCAAAAGCAAAAGGACUCUGGGACUCUUACUUUAUGAGAAAAGAAAGUACAACCGGAAUCAGUUUACAGCUUUGGCCAGAGAUUGUGCUGUCGUUUCUUUGUCAGUUUGCAUUUUGUCUGGUUGAAUUUGAAUCUUUUACUUGUUCUAGAGUAAAAGCUCAUGUCUGUGCAUUUUGCUCAGUCUGUAAUAUAUAAUUCCUUGUACUAGCUGAAAGACAUGUAAAAGCAUAUGUUAAAUUCCUCUCAGCUAACCCAAAGCUGAAGGGGAAAUCCGUUCAGAGGUCAUUUGAAUGCAAUACUUCACAGCAUAGCUCUUUGAAAUCUCAAUAUCAAAUAACGUCUUUCUGCUGUGCAUUGCAAAUAAUUAAAUAUGGGAGGGACAUGCACUGCUAAGCAUGGGAAUUUUUUUAAAAGCAAUAAGUUUGGUAAUGACUGCAACCCCUUCCUCUUUUUUAUCUAUGCAUCCAUUAUGUCAGCUGUAGUAUAUUGUCCUUUGUGCGGAUCUGAGUGUGAUCUGAUCUGCCCUGAUGUACGAAGAUUGUGGUGAAACAGUUCAUUUGUUGCAAAUCAAAGUGUGCUGAGUGGUAUUGUGGAAUUAAUACUGUAAUACUUUUGAUUGCGCAGCACAUGCUAAUAAGGCCUUUGUGUACGUGGGUUUGCAUUCCAUUACGUCUGUCUUCUAUAGACUGUAUCUGAUGCAGUACAGUGCCAUUUAUUGCUAGCUGAAUUUUGCAAUAUAUCACAUUCCCGCUAGCAAGCGGUGAGCUUAUAUAAAAUAAAACUACUCGUGAUAACUUUAUACAAUGGUCUUACAGUAACAAGAUAAUGGAAUACAAACCUUUAUACACUUGAAUAUUCAACUAACAGCAAAAAGCAAGUGGAGCCCAGUCUGCAUUGUUUGUCAUUAUUGGUUACACAUUGGUUACACUGUGGUGUGGUGUAUGUGAUACCUAUUACUCAUCACACAUUAUGUAACCCAAAAGCACUGCCAUAACAGUCACUCAUAGACAGAUCCACCCAAGUUUGCCCUAAAAAAAAUUGUGCCAAAAAAAGACCUCCCUUAUUUGACAUCCUCAGGUAAUGUGUUAAAAAUGUUGUGUCAUUUUUAAACUAGUGUAUUUAAGCCCUAAUAUUUUUAACUGUAAUUUAAAAUUGGCUAUUACAAUAUGAGUGUGUAAGGUUAUGACCUCAGUUCAGGUUCUGACAAUUCAGUUUGGUAACAGUUCUUCAGGAAACAAUUCAGUGCACCCUGACUGCUUAGAUUUUACCACAGUUUUGGUACAAUUCUUUAUUAUUUUUUAAAAGGCCCACUAAAUAUACAAAUGCCACUGAAAUAUUUACACACUUGUGGAAUAUAAACAAUACAAACAAUACACUGUUUUUUUUGUUCUUUACAUUAGAAAAAGCCUGAUUAUUUGAUUUUUGUCCAAAAAAUGAGCACACAUUUUCUUGAAUACUGUUUGAUUUUAUUCUAAUAUUUGAUCUUAACAUUCCAAAAUUAGUGCAGUGGCACCUUCAGAUGCGUUUUUACACCCCCAUCACAACAAUGUCCAAAUUAAGCAUUUACAAUCAAAAUUGUAGAAAAAAACAGAAAAACUUUUAAACAAAUCACAAAAACAUUGACAAGGCAUGACUAAUGGCAGCAAAGGUGUACUGUCUCACUACAUGUAACAGCAAAUGUACCAUCACCACUAGAUGUGCCAGUGUUUUGUAGCUCUGAAGCUUAGUGUGUGUUGUGUGCUAGAAGGUGGGCUGCGGGCUACUCCCGGUCAGGCUUUGAUACCUGUCCUACUCCAAGCACCACAAAUCUUUUGGGACUGACAGUGUCAUUAGUGCUUUAGCCACUGUGUAAGCCUGGGCAAAGCGAAGGCCUCUCCAAGUGCUUCAGUCCUCCAGCAGAGUGAUGACGGCCAGAGCACUACUCAUUGCUGCUGGGAGAGAGUCGAAAGCCCAGAAAACCCUGUGCAGUCUCACGCUGAGUGUGUGUGUGUCUCUCCUGGCCAAGGAUGUCCUCUGCUUCUAGUGUUUUCUUCUCAAGGUUCUACUGCAGCCACCCACCGUGUCUCCUUCCUCCCUCCCUUCCCCUUCUCUUCCUCCUUUCUAUGUGACAAGAUCAUGGACUCGCACUGUCUUAGAAUUGUAAAAUAUGAUUUUGUAUUCAUUUGACAGUUUUACACUACUUUAAAUUAUUAAUUUGCACAUUAGGUACCGACAUAAAUAGUAGGAGGAAAAGAGAAAAGAACAAAAUAAGAUUAGUUUAUUGUUAA